AGUAAAAGGGGGUUGAACCGAGGACGUGUGGUUUCUUGGAAAAGUGGCAUCUGUGUGAGGAAAGCAAGUCUUCUGCUGGACACCAGGCACCCUGUCGCUCAUUAUAUCCGGAAUUUAUCCUGCUUUCAAGCUCCUAACCAUGAGGAUAAACGUUUGGAUUUACCAAGCUGUGGCGUGUGUUGUGGCCACUAUAUUGGAUACAGGUUUUUGUAAAAGGACUCAUCAGUCGUUACAGAAGUAUGAGAAGAGUGAAGGUCACAUGCUGGUUUGCACAGACUGCCCUCAGCCCCCUUUGGUUAGAGGCAGCCGGUCGCUGGAAAACUGCGCCCGCAAGUGCAAGAAGGUCAAGAAAAACUUCAACUGCAGGGCUUUUAACUUUCAGCGGCACGACAGGAAAUGCCACUUGCUUCCUUUUGACCGCUUCACCCAUGGUGUGCAGACGCAAGCCAACGUCAACUUCACUUUGUAUGAAAAAAAAGAUUAUAUAAGGGAAUGUAUCAUCGGCACCAAGGACAACUACAGAGGGAGACGAUCUUGGACAAAGUCAAACAUCACUUGCCAAGCUUGGUCAGAUAAUAACAUCAAUGAACACACAUUUUCUCCUGAUAGGUACCCAACGCAAGACCUGAGGGAGAACUUUUGUCGAAAUCCCAACAACGAUCCUGGUGGUCCGUGGUGCUACACUACAGAUCCCAACGUACGAGCCGAGGAGUGUGGCCUGCCACAGUGUUCACAAGAAGUCUGUAUUAUGUGCAAUGGUGAAGAUUACCGGGGAAAAAUGGACCAAACAGAGAGUGGCAAGGAGUGCCAGAGAUGGGACUCAACAAGACCUCACAAACACCACUUCCAACCCAAAAGGUAUCGACAGAAAGAUUUAAAGGACAACUACUGCCGUAACCCAGAUAAUCGCCUUCGUCCCUGGUGCUACACGGUGGAUCCUAAAACUCCGUGGGAGUACUGCAACAUCUCUGUGUGUGAUUCUGACUCAAGUGAGGACACAGAUGUCAAUGUAACAACAUCCUGUGUCCAGGGAAAAGGAACAGAUUACCGAGGCACAAUGAAUGUCACUCCAGAGGGUGUGACAUGUCAGCGCUGGGACUCCCAGUCGCCCCAUAACCACUCCUUUCUUCCCCAGAACUUCAAAUGCAAUUUGUGUAUGUGUUUUAGAGACCUCACAGAGAACUACUGCCGUAACCCUGAUGGCGCCGAUCACCCAUGGUGCUUCACUACAGACCCCAAUCAGAGGAUAGCCAACUGCACCCACAUCCCCAGGUGUGAUGCUGAGGCCACACAAAAAAUAGAGUGUUAUGAAAGCGGAGAGACGUACCGGGGCACGUUAUCCAUAACUCGAUCGGGGAUUCCCUGUGCAGACUGGUCACAUCACAUAAACAGUGGGGAUUCUCACUCUACAGAAUCCCAUGUAGGGCUGGAGAGGAAUUACUGCCGGAACCCGGACCGGGACAAACAUGGACCCUGGUGUUACACUAAUCCAAAUAACCGUUUGGCCUGGGACUACUGCAAACUGAAGCACUGUGAAUCAGCCACAGUGUCUCCUCAACCCAACACUCCAACAGACACCAAGAUAUCAUGCUUUGUGCAUAUAAACACCAGAAUAGUUGGAGGACACCAAGUGCGGGGUACAGAUGGCAGCUGGGUUGUAAGCAUCCAAAGAGAGAAGGUUCAUUUGUGUGGGGGCUCGUUGAUCAGAGAAGAUUGGGUUUUGACGGAUCAACAGUGCUUCACCUCCUGUGUUCCAGAUCUCAAGGAUUACAGUGUGCAGGUUGGAGUGCGCCACCUCAACGAAUCCUCCAACCACCCGGGACUACGCAUCUCUCGCCUGAUCUGUGGCCCGGAAGGAUCCAACCUGGUUAUGCUAAAACUAGAAGACCCUGCCCCUGUGUCUGAAGGUGCCUCUACAAUUCAUCUUCCAGUGAAAGAGUGUCACAUCCCUGAAGGCACCAACUGCACCAUGUAUGGAUGGGGGGAAACCAAAAACACAGGAUACGAUGAGGCGCUGAACACUCUGACCAUGCCCAUGGUCAACAACGAAAUGUGCGCACAAAUCAAAGGGGACGCUGGAGAAAGCAGAAUAUGUGCCGGCGGCAAGAGAGGAGAAGGCGUAUGUGAUAAAGAUAAUGGCGGUCCAUUGGUUUGCCAGGAACAUGAGCGUAAAGUGAUAAUUGGCGUGAGCAUCCAAAGGACAAAAUGUGCGUCAUCGCAGCCUGCGCUCUUUGUUAACGUCGCUUUUUACUCUGAGUGGAUAUACAAAGUGUUCAAACUUUACCCCAGUUUGGAGAGGAACUGAUAGUGUGGUGAUCAAAUGGACACAAGGAAGAAACAAGGAAAAUCCCCGAAUGGAAAGUGGCCGUUUUUGCAUUUUGUGGCAGAAUUUUUCAUUUGAAGAUGAUGACAGCGAUAGAAGACUGGAUGAAGGAUUCUCAUUCGUUCUUCCAAUUUGCAAGAGAAGACAUCCUGGCUUUAUCAUUUUGAAAAAAACAAAGUCUUGGGCACAUGCACGGCAAACUAUUUCUAUUUUGACAUGUUCAGAAUUUCUGAAGCCAUGCAAACAAAGACAAUGAGAAUGACCCUUGUGACUCAGUAUUAUCUCCUGGAAUAUACUUGAAUAUGGACGGAACCCAGAUGUCUAGAGGUUUCCGCACGUGGAACCCUCCUGUGACUGGGACUUUUCUUUCUUUUUAAUGUGUUGAGCUGAACUGCAGAACCUAUUUUAUUACCUUCAACACAAAUGUACUAAUCUGGUUACACAUUUUACACUGAACAAAAAUGUAACAUUGAGUUUAACGAAAUGUAUUAUGACAACAGGUUCCACAUAAUUAGGUUGUGUAAUUUGUUGACAUAAUACAUUCAUUUAAGUCAACGUUUACAUUUGUUUUUCAUUGUAGGAUACAUUACAAAUCUAAGACGUUGACUUUAAUUAAAUCUAUUCUGUCAACAGAUUUCACCUAACUGCAUUAGGUUAGUUGAAAAACCACUAAUAUUAAGUUUAAAUACAAAUAAUUAGGUUCAACUUAAUAUAAUAACUUUCAACUAACCUCAUACAGUUGUGGGAAAUGUGUUGACACUUAAUUCAAGUCAUUGUUUAGGUUUUUUCAGUGUAGCAAAGCAAGACAAAUAUACAUCAUUCAGCUUCUGAAAUGAUUCUACAAAGCGUUAAGGUAAUGCCAAAAAGGAGGGGAAAAUAAGGGUCAUCUAUAAGGUAGUACCUUAUAUAUAUAUAUAUGUUUAUAUAUAUAGUCUAUGGGUAGUACAGACACUAAAAGUCCAAAUCAAAAAUAGUGCUAAGCCUAUUCCUCUGAGUACAGCAAAUGUUCAAAUCUGGCUUUAGAUAAACCAGCAGUUAGGUACAUACAACACACUAUUGCUGCUUGGAGCUAACUGCAGAAGCCUUGGCAAACAUGCCGUGCUAAUUGUGUGCAGUAGCCGGACUACCUUUCCCCAGUUAGCUGUAACAUUUAGUUUCCCCUCGAGAGGGUCUGUGUAGGACUGGGCGAAUUUCUCCGAAAUCUUGUGCUAAUAUUUGUAGCGUGAGAAAGAGAACAGCCAUGCCAAAUAAAACAUGGCUAUUUGGUCUCCAGUUUGGAGGUAACGUUGGCCCCUGGUGGGCUGUUUGUGGUCAGUAGGGUAUUUUAUAGUUUUCUUUUUUGGUUUACUCCUUAUGUACAUAACUGCAGAUGUAUCGAGUAUGCUUCUGCUGUGCUGUGAGAUAUUAUAGGUCUUAUAGAUCUGGAAUAUUUUUGGUUCACUGAGUAAUGUCAGAUUGUCUUCUUCGUGAUUGUGUUCGAUAUUUAAAGAGACUGGUAGCUAUGUAGGUAUAUUUAUUUUUUUAAUUAGAGGAAAACAUCGUUUGAGAACAAUCAGGAUCUUCUUGUGAUAUUUAGAUUGUUGUUCCUUUCUCAUUAGGGAGUUAUGACCCCAGAAUAAUUUGGGUGCAUGUUUAACUCACAUGUUAGCUACACAAAUAUGGAAGUACAUGCUCUGUGACAGUACAGCAACUCCAGGUUUCUUUCAUUCAAGAGUGCUAGUUGCAGGCUAAAUCAAUAUUGUUCUGCCUAGAGUUGAUCAUGUAUUUACUGUGCAUAUACACACACAUACGUACACAUGCACAAACAUGUAAAACUUGUCACUUAAUCAUAUCAUAAUGAUAUUCUAGCAAGUUAAAGGUAUGAAAACAAUAGGCCUUAGACAUAGGCAUUACAUUAACAUGCAUGAAGAUUUUAUUUACCAAACAAAAGAAAACACAAACAAAGUUUUAAGCCGAAUAAGUGAAACAAUACAGGUUAUGAUGAGGAGUUGAAAGUAGCAAGACGACACGUUUCUCUUAGAAAUGUCUUUGAGCAGAAAAGUAAAAGCUUCUGAAUGCCGGAUAUUGCCUUAAAUGUCCUAAAUGAUGCCAAACAUCCUCGUUUAGCAUCAAAAGCAUUUCAUUUUACUCAUAUUUGUUUGGCUCCUUUGCCAAAGUUAAACAAAGUAUUUUAAUAUCAGCUCCAAAAUGACUGCUCUGAAUAUCAAAAGGAAAUCAUUACAUAGCAAUAAACUAAUAUUGGGGGAUUUCCGAUAAGCCUUUAAGUCCUUUUGCCUUUGGUUGGUUUCAAUGACCAUAACUAUGCAAUUAAAUUAUAACUGUGGCCUUAAUCGUACUUUGAGAACAAAUGCAAUCGUCUUCUAUCCUUGCACGGGUUAAAACCAAAAGUCUAUGAAGUAAUAAGAGAGAUGAAUUAAAGGCAACUGAACCAAAGAUCUCGUAAUCUUGGUUAUGUGGCGGAUCAUAAUUGUAAUGUAAAUUGUUAGCUGUGCUCUCGUGGAGUUAUAAUGUUAUUUAAUUUACCUUAAUGUAAAUAGCACAGUGCAUUCUGUAAAUUACACUUUGUCAUUUUUGUAAAUAGUAUACUUAAGUAUUUUUCUUCAUGAUGAUUCUGUUUAUAUAUUUGUAUACUGUAAACUUUAAAUAUAACA